UGUGUCUUGACCGUAUUUGUGGCAGUAUGGCUCAGCAGCCCUGUGAGGGACCCACCACCUCGCUCUUAACACUUUGACUUUCGUGCAGAGGUCCCAGUACGGUCAGCAGCGAGGAGGGGACCAGGGUGAUCCGUAGCCCUACAAGGUAGUGCCCACCCAUGGGACCUUUGCACACAGGCACCAACACGACUUAAAGUUUCGAAAGCAUUUCGAAUCCUACUAUUCAUAUGCCUCUUCGCCCCCAGGUAAGGAGCUCUUGAUUUCAGUCCUAUCGAAACACCUGUUGCGAAAUUUCCCUGAUACGAGUACUCUGUCCGAGACCGUGAAUGGAAGCCCAGUCUGGUCGGCCAAGAGCAAAGAGAGAAAGCAUAUAUAUGCAUCGACGACCUCCCCUCGAUCCUUCAACUUAAUAAUAUACCAGUAUAAGGUCAUCCAUCUCACCCCUCGGGCAACUUGCAGCAGUUAUGGCCGUUGAUACCGAAGCAAUCUUCUCCAUCACACCCCCGCCCAGCGAGUUUGACGAAUUCGACAAAACCGGCUUACUGAAUUGUUGCUCACCUUCCCUCCCGGCCUUUACUUAUCCAUCGCCUGCUCCAUCGAGCAGUCACGGACACACUGCGUCGGUGUCCUCCGACUCUCUAUUCAUGUUGCCCGGAAUAUCUAUGUCUGAGCCCCAAUCUCACGACCUGCAGCAUCUAUCAUCUUUUGACGACAAUCCGUCUGAUUCAGCCUCCUUUUUCCCAGUGCCAACGGUUGGCGAUCCUUCUGGCAUGGCUCACUAUACUGCUGCUGCGACCAGCAAUUCCACCGCGACCGCCAACACCCCCUACAACAUGUAUGAACAAUCAGGUCACUGGUACCAGUUCCCCAACUACUCCCAACCCACACCCAUGAUGCCCUACGAAACCACCACAACCACGCACACACAGUUCAACAACCCAUUUGAGCACCAUUCAAGUCAUCACUCCAUGGCCAACAUCAUCCCCCCGACUCCCCAGGACAUGCACCCAUCAUUCGAUUUCAAUGCGGCGCCUCUCCCCUCCAACGCCCACCUGAUCGCUUCACCAUCCUUCUCCGUCGUCUCACGUCCAAGCCGCAGCAGCCUGUCGUCGCUGUCGAGAUCAUGCAGUCCCAUCCCCUCGCUCACAAGAGGUCUGUCAUUAGAGUCGUCAAGUUUCCGCCCGCAGAUGCGCUCCCACUCCAACUCCUCCAGCACGUCCCUGCAUCAGUACGGCAUCCCCGUGAUGGAGCAGCAUCCACCGUCAAUGAUCUCGACCGCCAGCCUCACACCAUCAUCCGGCGGCGCAACCACGCAAGCCUGGCGCUGCGCAUAUCCCGGCUGCACAUCGCGCGCAACCUUCACCCGCGGCUGUGACCUGCGCAAGCACUAUAAUCGCCACAGCAAGCACCUCUUCUGCCGGAUCGACAAUUGCCCUCAAAGCGAGGCUACCGCCGCUGCACGCGCAAAGUCCGCCGACCAGCCCCUGACCGGCGGCUUCUCCAGCAAGAAGGACCGCGCCCGCCACGAGGCCAAGCACAAUCCAGGCAUCAAAUGUGAGUGGCACGGGGCCGACGGCGAAGAGUGCUCCCGCGUCUUCUCCCGCAUGGAUAACAUGAAGGACCACGUCCGGCGCAUUCACAACAAGGGCCAGGCCCAACCCCAACAGCUGCAACAGCAGCAACAACAACCAAAACCAACCCAGGCGCAACGCUCAAAUCGAAAGUGAGUUGGCCUCGGGAAACCCACCCUACACAAGAUGGGUUGUCUUGCGCGCUGCACGUUUAGAAUUUUUGUCGGCCUUGCAAGAAAGACUGCGAAUUGUCUCAACUCUACGUUUUGUCUACGUUACGACCAAUCAUCACUAUUGAUAUCUUACGAUUUUCCUAUCCAUCGUUAUUGGGAAAGAAGGGCGGCGGGCGGCUUUUCUCCUUUCGGAGGUACAAAACUGGACGAACUUUACGGGUUCUAUGUGAUCAUAUUUUAAUGCCAUCCUCCCACCUUCUUUGACACACUGAAAUGUGCUGAGCAGUGUGGUGUGGGAGGACGCUGGGCAGAGGGAGGGAGGACCUUGGGCAGGACAGGGCGUGCCUGGAGCAUGGUGUUUACUAUUAGUCGUUUUGAUACCAGGAAGUCUUCGACGAGAACAGU